CUUAAAAUGACCGUGUGAAUUCAGUGGAAUAAAUGGCGUCCAAAGUAACUGAUGCUAUAGUUUGGUACCAGAAGAAGAUUGGCGCAUAUGAUCAACAAAUAUGGGAAAAAUCAGUAGAGCAAAGAGAAAUAAAGGGUUUGAGAAACAAACCAAAGAAAACAGGACAUGUGAAACCAGACCUCAUAGAUGUUGAUCUUGUAAGAGGAUCUGCUUUUGCUAAAGCAAAACCUGAAAGCCCUUGGACAUCUCUGACCCGCAAAGGAAUCGUGAGAGUUGUUUUCUUUCCGUUCUUCUACAGGUGGUGGCUACAAGUAACAUCAAGGGUCAUCUUUUUCUGGCUGCUUGUUCUUUACCUUCUUCAAGUUGCUGCUGUAGUGUUAUUCUAUACAGCCCAAAGCCCACAUAAUAUACCUCUGACUGAAGUAAUUGGGCCAAUAUGGCUAAUGUUGCUACUUGGAACUGUGCAUUGUCAGAUUGUUUCAACACGAACUCCUAAGCCACCCCCCAGCACAGGGGGUAAAAGAAGAAGGAAAUUAAGGAAAGCAGCACAUUUGGAAGUACAUAGGGAAGGAGAUGGCUCUAGUACCACAGAUAACACACAGGAGGGAACAGUGCAGAGCUACGGUACAAGCACUUCUUGCAGUAUUGGCGCUGUCUUCAGAGAUAUCUGGCAUGCUGCUUUCUUUUUAUCAGGAUCUAAGAAAACAAAGAUCUCAAUAGAUAAAUCCACGGAGACUGAUAAUGGGUACGUGUCCCUUGAUGGGAAAAAGACAGGUAAAAGCAGUGAAGAAUGUAUGCAGGCUCAUGAGCGUCGAUGCGAGGUGAUUAAACCAGAAGAGUCGGGGUGGAGCACUGCCACAGUGAGAGAAGCCUUCAGCAAUCAUAGUCAUCACAAAGACACUCACAGGGCUGUGACAAAUUUAUCAGAUGAAGUUUCUAGUGAGGAGGGGCCUGAAACUGGGUAUUCUUUACGUCGCAAUGUAGACCGUGCUUCUAGUGAUUGUAUACUUCGAAACAGGAAAUCUCACCAUUAUAAGAAACACUAUCCCCUGGAGGAUACACCUAAAUCAGGUACUAGCUGCAGUUCUCGGUGUUCAAGCUCCAGACAAGACUCUGAGAGUACGAGACCAGAAUCGGAAACUGAAGAUGUGCUGUGGGAGGACCUCUUACACUGUGCAGAGUGCCACUCUUCCUGUACCAGUGAGACAGAUGUAGAAAGCCCUCAAGUGAAUCCAUGUGUCAAGAAAGAGUACAGAGAUGACCCGUUUCAUCAGAGUCAUUUGCCUUGGAUCCACAGUUUGAAUCCAGGACUAGAAAAAAUAAGUGCAAUUGUAUGGGAGGGCAAUGACUGUAAGAAAGCAGAUAUGUCUGUGCUUGAAAUCAGUGGCAUGAUAAUGAACAGAGUGAACAGCUAUAUACCAGGAAUUGGUUAUCAGAUUUUUGGCAACGUCAUAUCUUUAAUCUUGGGUUUAAUGCCAUUUGUCUUUCGACUUUCCCAAGCUAAAGAUUUGGAACAACUAGCUACACAUUCUGCCACAGAACUUUGUAUGACUGCGUUUGGAUCAAAUGGAGACAUUCUACUUCUCUCAAUGGUGGUUAUAAGUUUUGUGGUCCGUGUGUCUCUCGUGUGGAUUUUCUUUUUUCUGCUAUGUGUAGCAGAGAGGACAUACAAACAGAGGCUACUUUUUGCCAAACUUUUUGGUCAUCUAACAUCUGCCAGGAGGGCAAGAAAAUCAGAGGUUCCUCACUUCCGCCUGAAGAAAGUACAGAACAUAAAAAUGUGGCUUUCUCUCAGGUCCUAUCUAAAGCGUCGGGGACCUCAACGCUCAGUUGAUGUGAUAGUUUCAUCUGCCUUCCUACUGACUAUCUCAGUUGUGUUUAUCUGUUGUGCCCAGCUGCUUCACAUGCAUGAGAUCUUCCUUGAUUGUCACUACAAUUGGGAACUUGUAAUUUGGUGCAUUUCACUAACUCUUUUUCUCUUAAGAUUUGUUACUCUUGGAUCUGAAACUAGUAAAAAGUACAGCAAUACCUCAAUAUUACUUACUGAGCAGGUGAGAAUUCAUAUAAAAACCCAAAACCAACCAAACAAAAGGACAAACAAGACUUACCCCUCAGAUUCUUUUAAAAUGUUUCACAGAUAA